AUGUCCGCCGGCGAAGGCAAUUGGAAUAUUGUCAUCGACAACUUCGCUGAGGUUUAUGAUGAUGAUGAUGCACACCCCGAAUCUUCGUUAUAUGUGAACGAGGUCCCUGGGUUCGGUGCGACUGCUACUAUAAAUGCCCCGACCGGACGGAUUAUGAAGCCGCGGGUUGAGUCGGCGAGGAAUGCCCUCGCAGCCCUAAAAGUCUCUACCGACGUAGUCGGCAUCCCCAACUUUGAGUGGAGCGGCCUCACAACGAUUGUCUACAACCAGAUAACAAGCAAGAAGGAUGAUCCUCACUACUUCAUCAAACUUGUUGCUCAGCAUGACACUCACAAGCAGUUUCCAAAGUUCAAGCAAUAUCUCGAGCAUGACGCUGUAAAGCAACAGGCGAACAAAUUUAAGCGCGGAGAUGCCUUUGCUGAUACCAUGCUUCCUACUGAAAUGAACGGUUUAUUCGAUUUCGCCAAGACCAAUGCGCAGUUAAAAGCUGAUCAAUCAUCUCACGCUAAAAACCUCCAAGGUACUCCUCAAGCCGCUCUUUUCAAUGAUAUGCUUCGUGAUCUAGGAAGCAGUGCGCAAGUUCCGACUGUUCCAGGCCAAACGCGUACUGAAGUUGCUGCGAACUUAUCAGCUUUUGCGGCAAGAGGACGGGACGUGUAUGUUGAUGCUUUAGGUGGAGGUGUCGGUGGUGGCGCAGGUGACCUCCCCCACUACGCCUCUGAUGCAUCAUUGGACCAAAGUAUGUUGAAUGACAUUCGCAAUUGUGCUUCAGUCGAAAAUUUGAAAAAAUUCAAAGCAUACCUCGAUAGCCACCUGAAAGACGGUAAGAUGGAAGAUCUGCUGUAUAAUACUUACUGCCACCAUCUGCAUGAACGACUCACCCAUCUGGCUGCGUCUCGCGGAGGGACUUCAUUCAAUCCUGGUAUCUCAGAUGUAGCCUCGGAGCGAAUAUUGAAAAACCAUCUGCAAAGAGCACGCGCUCCUCCGCCCGAUGGUCGUGGAUUUUCUAGUCUUGCUAACUUGGGAUACGGAACUUCUCCGUUGAACACUGAUCAGAUUGCUUUACAGAGUUAUGGACAUGACUUUGUUGCUGUGAGUGCUAAUUUGUUUGACCAAGAUGGCCACAACCCUUCUCCAGAUUUUCAAACGCCUGAUUUACAACUUGGGAAACGGACCAGAUCGUCCUUUAUUGAUACGCCUAUGCCUCAGCUUACCCAAGAUGCGUUACUUGCGAAGAUUGGACUCGUACAGACUUUGCUUAGACCUGUUGGCGUCGACGUUGAUAUUCAAGUCAUUGCUGCGGUGCUUAAAGACGUUGCAGGGUAUGAUCCUCACGUCGCGGCCGUGAUUAUAUCAGAUAUAAUCCCCGCGAUGAACGACCCUUCUUGGAAACACAAAGUUUUACAAGUUGUGAAAAAUAUUUUUGAAUUGAAAUCUGAUCUGACCCUGCUUGAACUUCGAGACUUUUGCAAGAGUCCUUCGCUUCUUGAUCGAGAACCUGUCACUCGAAAGGAUUCCAAUACAGUGACCGUACGGGAAGCAAAAACUUUCUGCAUGACUAACCAAAUCUCUUCCGUUGAAGUAGGUUCGGAAGCUUUACUACGUUGUGGACAUGACGGUGACGACCUUGAAGCCGCCACACUUGCUAAGGCUAUGGACGGGAUGCCAGAGCAGGAUUAUGACUCUUGUCAGCGUGCGUACGCGGCGUGUGUUGACAUAUUCGACGACGUGGACUUCAUCAAAUCUUGCCCCGAGCUUUUGUCAAGCUUCGGUGUUUUGAGCAGCAUCAUAGCUAAUAAGAACGAAGUGGUUGAAGUUUCUGAUUAG